AAAAACUCUCUUUCUAUCAGAAAGAAAUGACAUUUUUAAUAUUACAUGCCUAUACAGUUACAAGAAUACGGUUCAUCCUAUAGAUUGUCAUGUAAUCUGCUUAUGAAUGUUUCAUGGUGAAAUCAUUGGGAAACCUGCAGGCGAUCUGAUGGACACAUUUCGUUUUGGAUGAUCAUAGUUUCUGAGAUAGGAGACCAAUACAGGCCUGAUUAUGGCAAAUUCCUUUAGAAACGAUUUUAUAUUCGUUUUCUGUAGCGGCUGCCCCUUGCAACUAUUAAAGGUUUUUUUUGCAAAAUUAUAAACAAAAGGUUUCCUGUAGAAAAGAAGAUUGUAUUUCUUUUGUUUACUAGUCGUCAACUUUGCAAGUAUAAUUUUCAAGGGACCAAACCAAAUCAAGGAUUUUAUUUGACUUUUGUUUAUAUAUGUAUUGUAACUGUAAUUGUAAUUGUAUAUCAACCCAACAUGCUAAUACUAUAACUUAGAUGGAGUUGAAGCGGGUACGUGUAGUAGCUGUCCUUUUGAUCUUGCCUCGUCUAUAUAUUGCAUGAGAGAACAUUUUCCAUAAGAAAGUAAUCAAACACAUUUGGUGAUAAUGACACGUCUACGCCUUCUUUCAUGGAUUUCAAUCACGAGCUGUGUUUGUCUCGUUUUUGCUCAAGACCAAUCAGGUUUUAUUAGUAUCGAUUGUGGGAUACCAGAUGAUUCAAGCUACACUGAUGAGAAAACAAACAUGAAAUACGUUUCGGAUUUGGGUUUUGUUGAGUCUGGAACAAGUCAUAGCAUAGUCUCUGACCUUCAAACAACUUCUCUUGAAAGGCAGUUCCAAAACGUAAGAAGCUUCCCUGAAGGUAAGAGAAACUGUUACGACAUAAGGCCUCAGCAAGGGAAAGGUUUCAAGUAUCUGAUUAGAACUCGUUUUAUGUACGGGAACUAUGAUGGUUUUAGUAAAACACCUGAGUUUGAUCUCUAUAUUGGAGCCAAUCUUUGGGAAUCUGUUGUUCUUAUCAAUGAAACGGCUAUAAUGACCAAAGAAAUCAUUUAUACACCUCCAUCAGACCAUAUUCAUGUGUGUCUUGUUGAUAAAAACAGAGGAACUCCUUUUCUCUCUGUCUUGGAAAUAAGAUUUUUGAAGAACGAUACAUAUGACACUCCUUAUGAAGCGCUUAUGCUUGGUCGAAGAUGGGAUUUCGGCACAGCGACCAAUCUUCAAAUCAGGUACAAAGAUGAUUUCUAUGAUCGCAUAUGGAUGCCUUAUAAGUCUCCGUACCAGAAAACUUUGAAUACAUCCCUCACCAUCGAUGAAACUAACCACAACGGUUUCAGACCUGCUAGUAUAGUCAUGAGAUCUGCGAUAGCACCUGGAAACGAAAGCAAUCCCUUGAAGUUUAACUGGGCACCAGAUGAUCCGAGGUCGAAGUUUUAUAUAUACAUGCACUUCGCUGAAGUUCGAGAGCUACAAAGAAACGAGACACGAGAAUUCGAUAUAUACAUAAAUGACGUUAUACUUGCCGAGAAUUUCCGUCCUUUUUAUUUGUUUACAGACACACGCUCCACUGUAGAUCCAGUUGGCAGAAAAAUGAAUGAAAUUGUCCUUCAGAGAACUGGUGUAUCGACCCUUCCACCGAUCAUCAACGCUAUAGAGAUCUAUCAAAUCAACGAGUUCCUUCAGUUACCAACAGAUCAACAGGAUGUUGAUGCCAUGACGAAGAUUAAGUUCAAGUAUAGAGUAAAGAAGAACUGGCAAGGAGACCCAUGUGUUCCAGUGGACAAUUCUUGGGAAGGUCUUGAAUGUCUCCAUAGUGAUAAUAAUACUUCUCCAAAAUCCAUUGCUCUGAACUUAUCCUCCAGUGGACUGACUGGCCAGAUUGAUCCAGCUUUCGCCAACCUAACAUCAAUAAAUAAAUUAGACUUAUCAAACAACAGCUUAACAGGGAAAGUACCCGAUUUCCUCGCCAGUUUACCAAACUUGACUGAAUUAAACCUGGAAGGAAACAAGUUAACUGGUUCGAUUCCAGCUAAACUGUUGGAGAAAUCAAAAGAUGGUUCUCUUUCGCUUAGAUUUGGUGGAAACCCGGACCUUUGUCAGUCUCCCUCAUGUCAAACAACAACGAAGAAGAAAAUUGGUUACAUCGUCCCAGUAGUAGCAUCACUCGCAGGAUUGCUCAUUGUUUUGACCGCAUUAGCUUUGAUCUGGCAUUUUAAAAAACGAUCACGAAGAGGUACAAUCUCAAACAAACCAUUAGGUGUCAACACCGGACCAUUGGACACAGCCAAAAGAUACUUUAUAUACUCAGAAGUUGUGAAUAUCACAAACAACUUCGAGAGAGUUCUUGGUAAAGGAGGUUUUGGUAAAGUAUACCAUGGUUUCUUGAAUGGAGAUCAAGUAGCUGUGAAGAUACUUUCCGAAGAGUCAACUCAAGGUUACAAAGAGUUUCGAGCAGAGGUUGAGCUUCUGAUGAGAGUCCAUCACACAAAUUUGACAUCUCUUAUCGGAUACUGCAAUGAAGAUAACCACAUGGCACUUAUCUACGAGUACAUGGCUAAUGGAAACUUAGGAGACUAUUUGUCAGGAAAAAGUUCCUUAAUCUUGAGCUGGGAAGAGAGAUUACAGAUAUCAUUGGAUGCAGCACAAGGCCUCGAGUAUCUCCAUUACGGUUGCAAGCCUCCCAUAGUUCACAGAGAUGUGAAGCCGGCAAAUAUCUUACUGAACGAGAAUCUUCAAGCCAAGAUAGCUGACUUUGGUUUAUCUAGAAGCUUCCCAGUCGAAGGUAGUAGUCAAGUCUCCACCGUUGUCGCUGGAACCAUCGGUUACUUAGACCCUGAGUAUUACGCAACGCGGCAAAUGAACGAGAAGAGUGAUGUUUACAGCUUCGGGGUGGUUCUUCUUGAAGUAAUAACAGGAAAACCGGCAAUUUGGCAUUCAAGAACAGAGAGUGUGCAUCUAAGUGAUCAGGUUGGUUCAAUGUUGGCGAAUGGAGACAUAAAAGGUAUUGUGGAUCAACGUCUGGGAGAUAGAUUUGAGGUUGGCUCGGCUUGGAAGAUCACUGAACUAGCAUUGGCUUGUGCGUCUGAGAGUUCAGAACAAAGACCGACAAUGAGCCAAGUCGUUAUGGAGCUGAAACAGAGUAUCUUUGGGAGAGUGAACAAUCGAAGUGACCAUAAGGACCCUGUGAGAAUGGUUACGAUGAACCUCGAUACUGAAAUGGUUCCUCGGGCGAGGUAAAGAUGGAUAUUUGUAUCUUCAUAAAACUAUCAGUGUAUUAUCAUCCCAUCAUUACCGUUACUAUCAGUAUCAUUCAAAAUCAGCCAUGAAUCAUGUUAAAUGCACUUGAAAAUACUUA